UAAAUAAUCUAAACGUUGAUUGCCAAAAGAAAAAGCAAAAAAAAUACAAUAAUAACAAGUACCUCAAAUUUUCAAUCAUUUGUUAAAAAAAAAUCAAUUUUCUACUUUUUAUUGAAAAAAAAACCCCACGAAGCUCAAACCUCUAAACAAUGUCCCCACCCCCCAUUUCCCUCCAUUCAAAAAGCCCAUUUUACGGCCCAAUCCCUCCUCUUCAUAACAUUAACCUCUCUCCUCCCUCCUCCCCACCUUUCUCUCUCCUCCCACAAAUCCCAUGGAUCAACAACCAGCAACACUACCAGUAGAAAACCAACAACAACAACAAGAAAAACAACAACCACUAGUAAUAAACCAAAAACUCGAACAACCGUCAGAACAACCACCGCAACAACAACAACAACAAUGGACAACAACAACACCACCAAUGGACGAACUCACCGACGACCUAGAAAGCAUGAGUUUCAACUCAACAACAACAACAACAGCACCACGAAGCACAUCAUCUUCUUCAGAAACCACAACAACAACAUGGACAACAGCUUCAUCUUCUCACCAUUCUCAAUCUCUCUCCUCUGACCCUCGUUCUUCAGCGGUCAAAUCUCUCUCCUCCAUUUCAAUCUCUGACCUCCGUUUCCUCUCUCGGCUCGGCUCCGGUGAUAUCGGGUCUGUUUACUUAGCCGAACUUAAAGACGUUGAAGGGACCCACUUUGCUGCUAAAGUUAUGGAUAACCGUGAACUUGCUGCUCGUAAUAAACAUGGUAGAGCAAGGGCAGAACGGGAAAUUCUUAAGAUGCUUGAUCAUCCUUUCUUGCCUACUUUAUAUGCUAGUGUUGAAUCUCCUAAAUGGUCUUGUUUGUUAACGGAGUUUUGUAACGGUGGUGAUCUUCAUGUUCUCCGUCAACGUCAACCGUUUAAACGCUUCGAAGAGUCUGCCGUCAGAUUUUAUGCAUCAGAAGUGGUAGUAGCACUUGAAUACAUCCACAUGAUGGGAAUAGUAUACCGUGAUCUAAAGCCUGAAAAUGUCUUAGUUAGAUCAGAUGGUCAUAUUAUGCUCACAGAUUUUGAUCUAUCUCUAAAAUGUGAUGACCAAUCUACCCCUACUCCACAAAUAAUCACAUCCUCAAACCAAAACCCUCAACAGCCAACCCAACACCCGAACCUAUUAGGUUCGUGUCGUAACCCUAAUGCAAACUCUUCAUGCAUCCUACCCAACUGCAUUGUACCUUCCGUGUCUUGUUUUAACCCGAACCGAAAGAAAAAAUGGAAAACGAAGAAAAAAACUAGUAAAAGGUUUGAGCCAGAGUUUGUUGCCGAGCCUGUGGAUGUGCGGUCCAUGUCAUUUGUUGGGACCCAUGAGUACCUAGCCCCGGAGAUCGUGUCUGGAGAAGGACAUGGGAGCGCGGUUGAUUGGUGGACACUUGGCGUAUUUAUAUUCGAGCUUUUUUAUGGAACGACACCGUUUAAAGGUUCGGAUAAUGAAAUGACAUUAGCAAAUAUUGUGGCUCGGGCAUUGGAAUUUCCCAAAGAGCCCUCAAUCCCAAGUUCGGCAAAGGACUUGAUAUCACAACUUUUGGCUAAAGAUCCGACCCGGAGGUUCGGUUCGAUAAUGGGAGCGACACCUAUAAAACAACACCCAUUUUUUAGUAACGUUAAUUGGGCGUUGUUAAGGUGUAUGAAACCACCAUUUGUACCACCCACAUUUAGUGUCAGUAGUGCUGGAGGUAGGGAGGUUGUUUCAGAUGAAAGUUGUCCUGAUACACCUGUGGAAUAUUAUUAGUGAAUAAUUAGAAUAAUUAUUGGUAAAUUAUAUUCUUAAUCAAAUGGUUAAAUUUUCAUUAUUUUCAUUAA